AUCCAAUCUCUUCCUUGUCUUCCGUGGCCACCAAUUUUAUGUAUGCCACCGUACGGCGCAAUGCCCAGGCCCUCGUCACUACCAUUGCUGCUGGUAGCCAGACUUUGUCGCGACCUCUGAUACAGAAACCGUCCGUUUACGGCCAACCGCUUCACCCAUCACAUCCUCACCUAGUUCAGCCAAAUGAAUUGACGGCUGGGAUACCACAUGAAGAAUAUGAGAGGCGGCGGAAGACGCUCAUGGAAAGCCUGCCGGACAACAGCAUGGUUGUCGCGGCAGCGGCACCAGUGACGUUCAUGAGCGGUGAAAUAUUUCACAAGUACCGACAGAAUUCGGAUUUCUGGUAUCUUACCGGCUUUGAGGAGCCUGAUUCUGCCGUUAUUCUCGAGAAGAAUUCGACGUCGCGCGGGUAUUCAAUGACUUUGUUCGUUAACGAAAAGGAUGCAUCCGAAGAGAAAUGGUCCGGCACUAGAACAGGAGUCCGCGCCGCCGGAGAAGCCUUUCGUGCAGACGAUGCCCAACCCAUAACAUCCUUCCCCAAGUAUUUGGGCUCAAUAGCAUCCUCCUAUUCUCACAUCUUUUCUGACCCACAGUCCCACCAAGACGAUUCCACGCCCAAAAAGUUCCUCAGAUAUCUAUCAAACCCUCUCAAGAAACGUGCUCGUGAGAUAGACGCGACCAUGGCUACUAUCUCUGGCUCACGACAACGCGCGCUAAAGUCCAAAGUCGCGCCAUUGAGAGCUAUAAAAAGUGAGGUAGAAAGACGCGUUAUGCGAACCGCAGCAGACAUCAGUGGGCGUGCCCAUGCCAAGACCAUGCGGUUCACACAUCCUGGAAUGUCAGAAGCCGCAUUGUCUGCUCAUUUUGAAUAUCUGUGCUGUCUAAAUGGCGCUCAGCGUCUAGCCUAUGUCCCGGUAGUUGCUUCCGGCCCGAAUGCUCUAAUCAUACAUUAUACAUCAAAUAAUAUGCCGAUCCAAAACAAUGAACUCCUUCUCAUCGAUGCAGGAUGUGAAUAUAAUGGUUACGCGUCUGAUAUCACACGCACCUAUCCCGCCAACGGAACCUUCACUAGACCACAGCAUGAUCUAUAUUCCGCCGUUCUUUCUGCACAAAAAGCCCUCGUGGCGUUGUGUCAUGAAAGUGCCGGAGAGACCUUGUCCAGCCUUCACGCAACAUCAUGUCGACUACUCCGAGCUGAGCUUACCCAGAUUGGUUUCAACGUCAGCACAUCUGAUCUCGCAAGAGACCUGUAUCCGCACUCCUUGAGCCAUCCGAUUGGUAUAGAUCUGCACGAGUCACAUACCAUCAGCCGGGCGGCGCCUCUCCAAGAGGGUAUGGUUAUCACGAUUGAACCCGGCAUCUACGUUCCUCCGCUACCUCAAUAUCCGAAGGCUUUCCAUAAUAUGGGAAUCAGAAUCGAGGAUGAGGUUUUGGUGGGCAAAACGGACCCCAUUGUGCUGACCGUAUCCGCCCCCAAGGAAAUUGCCGACGUUGAGGGCGCUUGUCAGGGUCUCUUGGGACUAGAGCCUUACUAGAAUGAAAUCAGACAAGCUUCGGCCCACGUGCACGAAGGAACUUUGAUCUCUGUGGUUCGUCUGUUCGAAAAGAAAGAUGCUUUGAACUUGCACCGCCAUUAUCUCCACUUCCUAGCUAUGUCCGAGGCGACGUUCCCAAGGGUAGAGAACAAUUGCAAUCCUUUGUUGAGCUGCUAUACUUGUUUGAUAAAUCUUGCUACACUGCUCCAACCAUAACUUUCCCAGUAAGCUAUACGCCAUGAAACAUGCGAAAAGACGGCAACAUGCCACUUCGAGCAAGUUUGUGUACUUGGUGAAGGCGAGCACUCACCGCAUAAGGUUACGGCAAUGCGCCAUUGACGAAGGGAAGGAGCAAACUUUGCAGAGGAUUACCCUGGAGGUGGAGAAAGCCAUCGAACACUCACAAUGGCCGAGGACUAGAGUCGACUGCAUCAGAAAUAGUAAUGCAGAGAUUGUGAGGGUGAUUCAUCCCCAGUGUCGAGUAGGUGCAAUGAAAACG